ACUGAACUCAGCUCUCCAGGUCCCCAGGGAUGGGCCACAGACGCAGGCAGCGCAGAAACCCAGUGGGGAACCCCACUUCUCAGGGGCCUCUGCUGGCAAGGAUCCCAGGCUGGAGUUUCUCAACCUCUCAGCGCUGGGGUUGCACUUCUACAAUGGGAAAUUACGCUCCCACUUUCUUUCCUAAAGGGAAAAGGGAAGAAAGCGGUGACAUGGAGGGAUGACGUGAUGCAUCACAGCCCGGCAGCAGAGCUGUAACUGCCAGCCCCAGACCCAACCCGGCUCAGCCCCACAUGCUCCUGAGAGCUCACAGCUGCAAUGUCAGACUUCGAGGGGCCCCUGGCAGUAAGGAUCCCUGUGCCAUGGGAUCAGGUCCUGGAAGGGAACUCUUGAGUUUCUGGCCAGGCCUGAGGACUUGGGUACCCAUUUCGGCUGUCCUGGGCCCAGCUUACCUUCCGAACAUCAGGAGGAGGUGUCCUGCAGCCUCCCGUCCAUGGAGAGAGCCCUCACGGUCCUGCAUGUGAGCCUGUACCAUCCCAAGCAGGACCCGGCCACCUUUGCCAAGGUCCCACCACAGCUGCAGCACGGUACCAGCCCACUGCUGGUGGGGCAGGCCCCGGACGCCCACCUCCAGCUGCAGCUCCCCUGCCUCUCCCGCCGACACCUGUCCCUGGAGCCCUACCGGGAGAAGGGCAGCGCUCUGCUGACCUUCUGCCUGAAGGCCCUGAGCCGCAGGGGCUGUGUGUGGGUUAACGGGUUGACUUUGAGGUUCCUGGAGCAGCUUCCUCUGAGCCCAGUCAACAGGGUCGCCUUCUCCGGCAUCCAGAUGGUGGUCCGCAUAGAAGGGGGCACCUCGCUGGAGGGCUUUGUCUGCUGCUUCCAUCUCAGCCCCUCACCCCUGAUUCACAGGCCGCAGGCUGAGGAGACCGACGAAUGGGAGAGCACCUUCCAGGGGCAGCCUCCCCCAGGUUCUGGGCCACGGGCUCCAGGUCACCAGGGGCUUCUCCAUGGCCCUUCCCUGCCUAGCCCUGGAGGAGGAGCAGAAACACAGCUCCAGAAGGAGAUCUCAGAUAACGUGUUGUGCUAGCCCCACCGGCUGCCCAGAGCAAGCCUCGCCCCUAUGAGGACUUGAACUCUUGCAGUGACACCACGCGGAGGUUGACCAGCAAGACCUGCUGGGUAACAAUGAACUGAUUCUGCGAACAUGCACAGCAUGGGGCGGGGGUUGCGGGG